ACUAAUCUAUAAAAUAUUUUUAUUUCUCAACUAAACGUCUCAAGAAUUAUUUUUUAUCGCUCAAUUAUUACCUUGAAGUGAUAAGUAAUAAUGAUAAUUAAGAGUAGCUUACCCAGAAGUGUAAUUAAAUAAAAAUAGGCUGAUGAUGACGACGUACAUUACUCAUGAUUAUCAGUACCUCUGAAGUUUUGAUUGAGUACAAGCGUAUUUAAGUGUCUAAGUCUUUACCUGUAAAUUUAUCAAUAAAUUUAUUGAACCAAAAAAACCCAUCAGUGAAUCACAAAAAUGAAUAAUCAAGGAAUACCUCAGCCAGGUUUUUAUCCUCCAGCACCGGGGUUCAAUAAUCAGCCGAUGUAUCCAAAUAUCCAACCGCAAUCACACCCAAUGUAUCCUUAUCCUGGACAAGCACCAACAGCACCAGAAUUUAGCCCUCCUCCUUCUUAUAAUCCCAACUAUCCACCAGUUACACAUGCACCAGAUCCAGUUGUUACUCAAAUAGUACCCGUGACUUUUGGUCCUGAUUCAGUGCGAUUAAUCUGUCCUCAUUGUAGCGCCGAUAUUUCAACAAGAGUUGAAGUUACAGCAAGUACUAAGACUCAUAUUUUUGCCAUGAUCCUCUGUCUUCUAGGAUUAUGCCUCUGUGUUCCAUGCGCAUACUGUGGAGACUGCUUCGCAGCAGCUAACCAUUACUGUCCUUGCUGUGAUGCACGUCUUGGAUCCUAUCAACCUUAAUUUUGUAUAAAACUAAAAUCAGCUUUCUGACAAUUUUUUUUAUAAAAAAAAAAUGUUUUUUAAAAAUUUAAUCU